AUGUCCGAGGAAGUUAUGGAAGCAGGCCUACAAUCUCUCGACCAAGUGAUCCCCGUCAUCGACCAAUGUGUUCAAGAGGGAAUCUUCAGUUUCCAUCAUAUUUCUGAGCAAAUUGACAAUAUCUCUGCAAUUGGAGCGCUUGCAUCAAGUGUUGAAGACGGACAAGAAUCCGAGGCAACUGAGAAAUUCAAUGAGUUGGCAGGGCUCAUUGAAAAUCUCUCCGGAUCAAUGUGCUCUCAUUUAAACGAUCUAAAAGACUUCAUGGCUAAUGAGCCGUUUUAUGAGGAAGCCAUGAAUGGGUCUCUCCACCUCCUCAAUCUUCUAAAAAACCAUCUGACUAAUCCGGGUUACGGUAGCACCAGUGAUUUUAUGGCGGCUCACGGGGAGACAAAUCCAGUGGAGUUGGGAUAUAGACUAGUCGUUCUUCUCAACGGGGACACCACGAACCCCUUGAAAAAAGCGCUCAUGCCAAACCAUGAGUUCGACACGUGGAAAAAUGUUCUAAGCGGAUUUUUUAGUCAAUUGCUUUUCAUCGAAGCAUACGCGUAUGGAUUAUCUCUAGAUGAGAACCUCGCGGACCCACACGCUUUAAUGGAGGAAACUGAAGACUUUGAGAUGAAAUGUGAGAUGUGGAGGAAUGAACAUCAGACCUCCUGGCCGGACAACGUGCUCAACUUCAUUGAAACCGUUCAAGACAAUGAGAACAUUGGUUCCUGCGAUGAGAUGGCAGAUCUAAUUCGUGAAGGAUUAGAGAAAAUUGAUACGGAAGAUGUGUUCUACGUGUUGGUCUUCCCGAAUACGAGUCUCUACGUACUCCACAGUACCCUCUCGGAUCAGGUGGUCACUUCGUGUGAUCGUGGGUUAUUUAAUGUGAUUGUUUAUAAAAGUAUCGAUGGAAAAUACGCUGGAGAAGACGAGUGGAAUGGAUUCAGAGACGCCGUGGACCAAUAUCGGGAAGUGCAAAAAAUCAAUAACUGGGUUACCGACGAGGACUUGGAAAACUGGGCGAACGGUAUUGAGAAUAAUGGAUUCGUGGUCAUUUUGGAAACCAUGGAUGGGAUGGCCGUCCGUUCCACCAAAACCGACCAACUCGAAAAUGGGCCGGGAUACGGGAUUACUGUAACACUGACCAUCAAAUCGAAGCAGAAUAAUGGAGACGAUGAGGAGGAAUUCGUGGAUGACGGAAGUGAUGAGAUAGUAGAGAUUGAGGAGAAUCAAGUGGAGUUGGUGGACACCACUGAGGAGCUCUAUUUGCUCGUCGGAUAUAAAUAA